UAAGUUGUCACACUCACAAUCGCAGGACUUAGCGAUCGUCUUGGGCGUUUUCCACGUCGUGGUCUGCAGCGAAAAGCUGUCAGAAGAUCUUACAAGCUUCCACGCCACAUAGAGAUGAUGUCUGCAGGGAGGACCCUGCUCCUGCUGACGCUGUGCGGGGCGCUGGGCGGCGUGCCGGCUCAGCAGGACUGGACGGACCUGAUAGCCAGCGAGAUGAACCCAGCGCGCAUCGAGGAAUUUCUCAGGAUACUGACAGAAAAGCCCCACCUAGCGGGAACACCUGAUGGUGCGGAGUUGGCGGAGUUUGUGAGGCAGACGUGGCUGGACCAGGGGCUGGACUCCGCGCACAUCGCCCCGUAUGACGUCCUGCUCUCGUACCCAGACCCGGACAAGCCCAGCUACGUGGCUUUAGUGGAUGAAAACAACGAUGAAGUCUUCAGAUCGUCAGCCGGGGAGCCCCCAGUGGACGUGGACCCACCAGCCAACAUCUCCAGCGUGGUGCCGCCAUUUGCGGCGUAUUCUCCCUCUGGGGUUGUGGAGUCGACCCGGCUGGUGUAUGUGAACUACGGGCGCACCAGCGACUUCGACCUGCUGAAGGCUCGCGGAGUCAGCGUGAGGAGGAGGAUCGUCAUCGCCCGGUACGGCAAGACUUCGCGGGGAAGGAAGCUGCGGCGCGCCCAGGAUCGCGGCGCUACCGGCCUGAUCGUGUUCUCGGAUCCCAGGGAAGUUGUUGGAACCGGCAGGGGGCGCACCCGCAAGUAUCCGGCCGGCUGGUACGCUCCAGGCACGGCCGUCCAGAGAGGACACUUCCUCUACACCACGGGGGAGGGUGAGCCGCUCACCCCGGGAUAUCCCGCCAAAGACUACGCCUACAGAAUGGAAAAGAGUGAAAGUGACCAGCUGCCCAAAAUCCCUGUCCACCCCAUAGGGUACACGGACGCCAUGGAGCUCCUCAGGCUGAUGCGUGGAUAUGAGGUCCCUGACUCCUGGCGGGGCCUGUUGGACACUACGUACCGCUAUGGACCACGGUUCGGCCGGCCCAAACUCUCACCAGCCACAAAAGUGCGCCUGAACGUGAACGUGCGGACGGAGCAGGCGACCAUCCACAACGUCGUGGGGAUCAUCCGGGGCGAUGUCGAGCCGGACCGCUACGUCAUCCUGGGGAAUCACCGUGACGCCUGGAACCUGGGGGCGGUGGACCCGAACAGUGGCACCGCCUGCCUUCUGGAGAUCACGCGCGCAUUGGGAGAAAUGAUGAAAAGAGGGUGGCGCCCCAGGCGCACUUUGAUGUUCAUUAGCUGGGACGCUGAGGAGCAUGGGAUGCAUGGAUCACACGAGUGGAUUGAGGAAUUCGGUAAGAUCAUGUCGGACCGAGCUGUGGCCUACAUUAACGUGGAUAUUGCAGUUCGAGAGACCUACACUCUGCGGGCCCGGGCCACGCCGUCUCUCAGGCCUCUGCUGAAGGAAGCUGCCAAGAAGGUCCCGUGGCCGGAGCCCACACCUGACGGGAACACCCUGUACUCGGUGUGGCGUCAGCGCAGCCCGGCAGACAGCGAAGACCCCGACUCGGACCCGAAAAUUUCCUUACCAGCGUCUGCGAGUGACUUCGUUCCGUUCGUGAGAAGAGUGGGUGUUCCCAUCCUGGACCUGGCGAUGGUUCACCGCUACACCAUCACCUACCCAAACUUCCCUCUCUACCACACGGCCUACGAGACCUUCCACCUCCAGAAAGCCUACAUCGACCCGGAGUUCAAGUUCCACCGGCUCAUGUCGCAGCUGUGGGCGGGGGUAGCCUUCUCUCUCGCCGAGGCGGAGAUUUUGCCAAUCGAUGUGUCUGAAUACGCCACCACCGUCCGGGAGAUGUUCCACUGGCUGAAGGACGAGUAUGGUGACCAGUUCGAAACGGCCCAAAUUUCGCUAGACGCUCUGGAGUCGGCAGUGGCCAAUUUCACUCUGGCAGCGGCGGCGUUUGAAGAGAGCCUGUCCUCUAUCGGGAACGAAACAAGCCCAAUAGUUGCCCGGAUGUACAACGACCAGUUGAUGCAGAUGGAGAGAGCUUUCAUCGACCCGCUUGGCAUCCCGGGAAGGAAAUUUUACAGACACACCGUCCUGUCCAACGGGCUGUACUCCACCGACACUUUCCCCGCCCUCGGUGACUCCGUCAAGAGAAUGGGGAGCGACUGGACCGACCCGGGGCAGGCCAGCAAGCUGCGUGACGUCAUGGAACAACUGUCAAUCAUAUCUUUCUUCAUCCAAUCAGCGGCCAACACUCUGGCCACACCUGCCUCCACUGUGUUUUAAACCUGCAUUCAUCGGACAAGCGACACAUGAUAAAACAACUUCGAACGCUGUAGCUUUGUAAUACAGCAAGCACCUAGUAUUUAGCCUACCUGCUAUCAUGUCAAAUGUAUACUCGCUAAUGUAACACUUAUCUAACAUUUGCUCACUCAUUUCUUAUUAGACCGCUAAUGUCUAAUAAGAAAAUCUUUGUAUAUUCCUAUGAACAUGGUGCCGUAUACAUAUAUGCUAACAAAUGACAAGGCCGACAGUAUAGCAUUUGUGGGAAUUUCAUUUUAUUCCUUAGAUUAAGUAUCAUGUUCAUCUACUAAAAAGACGUAUUGAUUACAUAGAUAGUUUUAUAGAAGAGCUUUAUUACACUAUAUGAUACAAUGUAUGACAAUAAAUAUUACACAAAGUACAAAAUAGAGGUAUACAAAUCUGUUUGUAGCAUCGAGUCUCUUGGAAUCUGUUGUACUUGAUUCGAGAAAUAUGAAUAAUUCAUAACGUAUAUUAUCUAGCUUUAAUUCUAAAUAUCCGAUGCACCAAACACGUGUAUAGCCCAUAUUUUGCCCUAGUACAUGUACCAGAUGGUACUACUUUCAGCUAACGUCAAGUAAUAAUUGUUGCGUUUCGGACCGCAUUGCAAACACCGCAUUAGCUUUAUACAAAACGUUAAAUUCGCUUAAUACUUUACUUUAUGACCGCAUCUGUAAGCAGCGACAUCUAUGCUGCAGUACAAUAUGAACUAGUCAGUAUUACCAUGAAGAAGGUGACAGACGCUCACCUAAACGUUUGUUUAAAUAGAACACUAACCUUGUUACCUUACUGUAAUGCUGCGACAAUAUAGCGAUAACCAU